AUGGAAGAGCAGUUGCGCCAGUGCCCCCCUAUCCUAUUCAUGCUUCCUUCUCUGUGCUCGCCACUGCAACCAUUUGAUAAUCGGACGCACUGUAAUCCGUUCGUUUAUUUUAGAUUAAUUUUUUACGAGUACACAUUCUGGUCUCAGACGCGAGUUUAUGAAGAAAAAACACUGCUGAAUGAAGCUAUCAUUGAGACGAUCAAUGCAACCUAUGCUUUUGAUAUUCUGCAUCAUGAUCCGGAAGGCAAAAUCCUCGCUAGAUACAGAGUUAAUUUUCGUUUCCGUUUUCGAAUCAAAAAUUAA